AGUAGGUGGACACUUACGAUGGACACCAACAUACCAACAGUUGUGCAAGGUGAAGCUUCGGAGUCGGACGACGAUGAAGUUGAUGCUUCAAUAACGAAGAAUACAACAGAUCCUGAACAAACAGCCACAGUAGUGUCUGGAGAAGCUUCAGAGUCUGAGGAUGAUGAGACAGAUGUCCCACUUGAACAGGAUAAACCACAGCUCACACCUCUCAAAGUGGACACAAAUGGUAAAGGAGAUAAUGAUAUCAUCUCUGGAGAUAGGCUUUCAACACCCACCUCUCCUAUCCAGAAGACAUCUGACGUCUACAGACCUAAAUAUGACACAUUGCUUCACAGGAAGUUAAGAGACAGGAAUGCAUUACUGAGACGCCAUAUGGUUGAUGCUGUUCACCAAGCUUACCAAACAGCAACCAAAGACCUCCACAACACAACACAGCAACUUCACAAAUCCCAGAGCCUUGUCAUGGAUAUAUCCCACAACAUGAGAUUACUGACUAAUGACCUGUUCUACCUGGAGGAUAAAAUUGACAUCAUAACAACAUGUAAAAUACUGCCAGACAUCAACAUUGCUGUACCUGGUGCCAUAAAUCCUGGUACUUCAACCUAGUCCCAUCAGACAUCAACAUUGCUGUACCUGGUGCCACAAAUCCUGGUACUUCAACCUAGUCCUAUCGGACAUCAACAUUACUCUACCUGGUGCCACGACUCCUGGUCCUUCAACAUAGUCAUGUCAGAUAAUCACUUUGCUGUACCAGGAUUCCUGGUCCUUCAACAUAACACGGUCAGACAAGGAUAUUGUUAUACCUGGUGCUGUGACUCCUUGUCCUUCAACAUAAUUCUAUCAGAGAAGGACAUUGCUGUAUCUAAUGCCUCAACUAAUGAUUCUUCUACAUGUACCUGUUUCCAUGACUCCUAGUCCUACAACAUAGUCCUAUCAGACAUUAUCAUUGCUGUAUCAGGUGUCAUGACUCCUAGUCCUACAACAUAGUCCUAUCGGACAUUAUCAUUUCUGUACCAAGUGUCAUGACUCCUGGUCCUACAACAUAGUCCUAUCAGACAUUAUCAUUGCUGUACGAGGUGUCAUGACUCGCGGUUCUUCUACAUGGUGCUAUCAGACAGUUAUCAUUGCUGUACCAGGUGUCAUGACUCCUCGUCCUACAACAUAGUCCUAUCAGACAUUAUCAUUGCUGUACGAGGUGUCAUGACUCGCGGUUCUUCUACAUGGUGCUAUCAGACAGUUAUCAUUGCUGUACCAGGUGUCAUGACUCCUGGUCCUACAACAUAGUCCUAUCAGACAUUAUCAUUGCUGUACGAGGUGUCAUGACUCGCGGUUCUUCUACAUGGUGCUAUCAGACAGUUAUCAUUGCUGUACCAGGUGUCAUGACUCCUCGUCCUACAACAUAGUCCUAUCAGACAUUAUCAUUGCUGUAUGAGGUGUCAUGACUCGCGGUUCUUCUACAUGGUGCUAUCAGACAGUUAUCAUUGCUGUACCAGGUGUCAUGACUCCUGGUCCUACAACAUAGUCCUAUCAGACAUUAUCAUUGCUGUACGAGGUGUCAUGACUCGCGGUUCUUCUACAUGGUGCUAUCAGACAGUUAUCAUUGCUGUACCAGGUGUCAUGACUCCUGGUCCUACAACAUAGUCCGAUCAGACAUUAUCAUUGCUGUACCAGGUGUCAUGACUCCUGGUCCUACAACAUAGUCCUGUAACAGGAGGGAGAAAGGGGGUCAACAGUUACCCGGUCCCGUCUCGUCCUGUAUCACUGUCAACCCAGGUUGAUGGGUACAGCUGGUGUUUUGUUUUCGAAGGUGGACAAACACUGCUAAUUUAAAUGUAACUACUUAUUUUAAAGCAAACAUUAAUUAACAGGGAUUAUCAACAAUGGCAUAGGCCUAUACCGACACAGAGACCCCCAUCUUACACCGAAUACAUAAACUUAUCUAUCUCUAUACAAAAUUACAUUCCACCCAGCUAUAGCUUCCCACCCGAUAAAAUAACGAAUUACGCUACCAUCCCCCGACCUACCUCAGAGAAGGUUUUCACCCUGUGGAAAUUAAUCCGAUGCUUUGCACUCAAAUUAUUAGACAUACUGCAUCUUAUACCCUAAAAUGACAAUACGAGACAGUUUGAACCAAUCAACACAUCACCAGAGACAGAACACCCCUGACACGGACGAAAAUGCAAGAAAACAAGACAGGAGAACUUGCACGUGAUAUACAUAGACCUCCGACAAAGGGGUAACAGGUGACAGGACAAAACAAUGGAGAGGUCACAGGUACACAGGGUACAAACACUACAGUAGACCUGACACACAGACACCUGUAUAAAGCUGACUAAAAUUGAAGCAUUGACAGCUUUAUAUCAUUUAAAAUUACACAAGAUAUAAUGUCCCCCGCUACAGUCCUAUCGGACAUUAUCAUUGCUGUACCUGGUGCCAUGACUCCUGGUCCUACAACAUAGUCCUAUCAGACAAGAACAUUGCUAUACCUGGUGCCAUGACUCGCGGUUCUUCAGCAUGGUGCUGUCGGACAUUAUCAUUGCUGUGCUUUGUGCCAUGACCCAUGGUCCGUUAACAUGCAGUGCUUUGUGCCAUGACUCAUGGUCCGUUAUCAUGCAGUCCAGUUGUACCAAAAUUCAGUUGGAGACUGCUGUAUUAUUAUUAAUGUGUAUUGACCACAGAUUUCAAUAAAUUCCAGUGAUAACUGUUAAUUAUAAAAAAAAAUUCUAUAAAACAUCAUUGUUAGGCAGUUUUAGAUGCAUAAUGGAUUGUAAUUGUUGCUCAUUGUUUUCAAUGUUCUAGAUUUUAUACACAGUACUAAUUAAAAUUCUGCUACAUGCAUUGUGAAUUUUCAGAAGGAGCCAACCUUUUCCUUGGAGUAUAUUAAAUAAAUUUAUGUACACUUAUCAUAAAUUUUAAAGAAUAAACCAGUUUGUUAAAAAUGUCAAAAUGGCAUUUACAUUUGCACAAUCUUGCAGUAACACAUUCCAGCAUAUUUAAUGAAGUCAUGUCAAACUUACAGUAUAACCGUUAUAAUUGUAUGUACAUAUUCAUAUGUAAGUAAUUCUAUACAGUACUAAAUGUAAUUUAUUUGUGUGCAUUAUCCCAGUAUUUAUUUAAAGAAAAGAUUAUGUUAGUUUUAGUGUAAGUUUUCAUGUGUUGUAGACAUUGAAAUAAAUUAAUAGUUAAACUGUGCAACAUGAUUAAAAAAUCUAAACUUGA